AUGGAGUCCCGUGAUGCACCAGCCAGAGACGAACCCGCCACUGCCACUGCCGCUGCCCGUCCAGAGCGCAGCUCCAUAGUCCCGCCCUACUGGCAGCGGCACGAGCGCAAUGCAAGCCGCCAGAGCUCCUACUCGGUCGAGGCGCGCGACCCCAUCCGCCUCGAGGACCACACCGACGAGGGCUCAGAGCAGUGCAAGGCGCUCUGGGCCAAGCAUGUCACCAUUGAUGAUUACGUCGUCGUUGGGAGCGGCACCACGCCUGCCCUGGGCGCUUAUGUCGUCUGGAACAUAACCGUGGACACACUAAAUGUGAGUGCAGUAGUCGCCCCAAGCUCGUCUCCAUGCUGCCUGGGGCACUCGACUGACCCGUCCUUCGACCAGGGGAGUCCCAUGAAGAUAAUCAAGAGGUACUCUGACUUUGACGACCUGCGGCAGAAGCUGGUGCAGACAUUCCCCCACCUGGUGGGCGCAAUGCCGCCGUUGCCACCCAAGUCUAUCGUCUCGCGCUUUCGCUCCAAGUUUCUGGAGAAGCGGAGAGUUGGCCUCGCACACUUUCUCAACUGCAUACUGCUUAAUCCCGAGUUCGCCGGCUCGCCCGUCCUGAAGGAGUUUCUGUUCGAAUAG